CACCGCCGCCGCGCAGGCGCGGGCGCGCCCCCAGCGCCGGGAAGAUGGCGGCCGUGGCGGAGCGCGGCGCGGACGCCGCGGAGACCGAGUCGCGCCUCAGCAAAAAGUGACCCGCCGCGGCGCGCCAUGCUGGGCCCUGCCACCACGCGGCUGCUGGGCAGUGCCUGGAGGGCCGCGCCCGCGCUCCGAUGGCCGCGGGCGCUUCAUGGCCAAAGCAGUGAGCUGAAGAGACGUUUGAAGGCGGAGAGAAAAAUAGCUGAAAAAGAGGCAAAGCAGAAAGAGCAAAAUGAAAAGCAUUCAGAUAAGUCUUCCUUGUCUCCUGACUCUGAGAAUAACACUGGCACUGAUGAGGAAAGCUUGGACCCGAAUCAAUAUUACAAGAUCCGUAGCCAUGCAGUCCAGCAGCUGAAGGGCACCAAUGAAGAUCCUUACCCCCACAAAUUCCACGUAGACUUAUCUCUCUCAGAUUUUAUAGAGAAAUACAGUCACUUGCAGCCAGGAGAUCACCUGACUGACAUUACAGUGAGAGUGGCAGGUCGAAUCCACGCAAAGCGUGCCUCUGGAGGGAAACUGAUCUUCUAUGAUCUUCGAGGCGAAGGAGUCAAGUUGCAGGUCAUGGCAAAUUCCAGGCUCUACAAGUCGGAGGAAGAAUACUUCCGUAUUAACAACAAGCUGCGUCGUGGGGACAUUAUUGGUGUACAGGGGAAUCCUGGGAAAACAAAGAAAGGGGAACUGAGUAUUAUUCCUUUUGAAAUAACUUUGUUGUCUCCAUGCCUGCACAUGUUGCCUCAUCUUCACUUUGGCCUCAAAGAUAAGGAAACUAGGUAUCGUCAGAGAUACUUGGAUUUAAUUCUUAAUGAUUAUGUGAGGCAGAAAUUCAUAACCCGUGCAAAGAUCAUUACGUAUAUUCGGAGCUUUCUAGAUGAGUUGGGCUUUCUUGAGAUUGAAACUCCUAUGAUGAAUGUAAUUCCAGGUGGGGCUGUGGCUAAACCUUUCAUCACAUACCACAAUGAGCUGGAUAUGAAUUUAUAUAUGAGAAUUGCUCCAGAGCUUUAUCAUAAGAUGUUGGUGGUUGGAGGCAUGGACAGAGUAUACGAAAUUGGGCGUCAGUUCCGCAAUGAAGGAAUCGAUUUGACUCACAAUCCCGAAUUCACAACUUGCGAAUUCUAUAUGGCUUAUGCGGACUAUCACGACCUGAUGGAAAUUACAGAGAAGUUGCUUUCAGGGAUGGUGAAGCAUGUUACUGGAAGUUACAAGAUUACUUAUCAUCCAGAUGGUCAAGAUGGACAGGCCUAUGAGAUAGAUUUUACUCCUCCCUUUCGGCGAAUUAGCAUGGUGUAUGAACUGGAAAAGGUCCUGGGAAUGAAAUUUCCAUCAGCUGAUUGUUUUGAAACUGAAGAAACUCGCAAGUUCUUUGAUGACCUUUGUGUGGAGAGAAAUGUUGAGUGUCCACCCCCCAGGACAACAGCCAGGCUUCUUGACAAGUUAGUUGGUGAAUUUCUGGAAGUCACUUGUAUCAACCCAACAUUCAUCUGUGACCACCCACAGGUCAUGAGUCCUCUAGCCAAAUGGCAUCGCUCUCAUCCAGGACUGACAGAACGCUUUGAACUGUUUGUGAUGAAGAAGGAAGUGUGCAAUGCGUACACAGAACUGAAUGAUCCUGUCCGUCAGCGGCAGCUUUUUGAGGAUCAAGCCAAGCUUAUUUUCUUAUUUAGGCAAAAGCUGCAGGUGAUGAUGAAGCCAUGUUUAUUGAUGAGAACUUCUGUGUUGCGCUGGAGUAUGGUCUUCCCCCUACAGCUGGCUGGGGCAUGGGGAUUGAUCGCCUCACCAUGUUCCUUACAGAUUCCAGUAACAUCAAGGAGGUGCUGCUCUUCCCCGCCAUGAAGCCGGAGGACACCAAGAGGGAGGCGCAGCGCGACCCGCCCGCCGAGGGCACCUCUGUGUGACGGCCGCGAAUAAACGCCGCGCGCUCUGCCGCC